AUGGCGGCGGCGAGGCCGGGCGCUCUGGGCGCGGGCCCGGACGGCCGCGAGAGCUGCGGGCGGCCGCGGCCCGGCACCUACCUAGACAUGCAAAUCCAUCUAGAGAAAAACUUAGAAGAAGAGCGUCAAAUAUUACUGCAGCAACAAAAAAUAUGUCGGAACCAAGCUCGUAAAUAUUUUAUGGAGUCUAACCGGAGAAAAAAAGCUUUUGAAGAUAAACGAAAAGAACAAGAAGAAAGAGAAUACCAAAUUAGAGAACAUAUACUUCAACAGCGAAAACAGAAGUUUGAAGAAGUUACUGAAAAAUUCCAGCGUGCUCAUGUCCCCCUCUCACAGAGGAGGAGAGCAGUUUUUCAAAAACCAGUUCCUCCAUUAGAAGAGGCCCUCAAACAAAUUCAGGAAUCCAACUUAAAUCCAGAAGUAAACAUUCCCUUUUCUCACAGACCAGCAGUAAACUGGAGAGCUCUAGAUUCUGCCUUGUCUUCAGCCUUGUCAAAUGACAAGUAUAAGAAACAUCUCAGAUCCAAAACCAAUUGUGAUAAAGAAGUGAAGGACCACAGCACGGCAAACAUGGCUGCUAACAGGAGCAUGUUUCAGCUGCAGUUGGAGGAGACGCAGAAGCGCCUAGAAGAUCAGCGCUUGAGCAGUUUGCAAAAAUUUUAUGACCAAGUUCAUCAGAUCACCAAUUCUGAGACCCUCUCAAGUAUAGACAGCCUGGAGGCUGGGGAGCGCGAAGAGGUGUACCUAACGUUUAAUGACGCGCCGUCAGCACAAGAGGAUUCUGCUCCCCUCUUACCAGCAAACAUACAGUCAACUCAUCUAAACUGCUCUGAUGAUAAUAAACUGUUUUUCUCAAAAGUUCAACAUAUAAAUAAUUGGCUUACAAAUUUGGAUGCUCAUGGUACUCAAAAUGUCACACCUUCCCCAGAUAUUUCCAAUCAGCCGAUUGUUGCCCCUCCCCAGGAGCAUCUCGGUAAUAAAGAACAAAAUCCAUGUGCUGUGAGUGGAACUGUGGAUGGAGCUGUGAGUGCUGCCAGGAGUCCCGUCAUCUUUGUGUACAGCCCGCCUGUAGCAGCGCUGGAUAAGAAGGACAAGAAGAGCUCUGGAAUGGCCACCUGGAGGCGCACGGCCAGCUCGGGGGCGGGCGGCAAGGAGAGGGGCCCAGUCACUGAGCGCGCUCCGUUCCCAGUCAGCAGAACCUGGACCAGCUCACCCGCUGCCGCUCAGAAAGCAGCCACACCCUCACACCAAAAGAAAUUAUCUGAGUCAACUCAAGGAAAUGGAACAUCUUCAGGCCCGGCUUCAUGUGUACCAAGGGCAACAGCUUUCUUUCCUCCGUCUAAUCGACAGUGUGCCAGGACUGUACCGAUGAGCAAUAUGCACAUAAAAGAAAUUGACCCAGUGCAGUGUUCAGAUAAGCUAGAUGAAUUGGAAGACAUGCAAGAAGAAAAGAUAAAAUAUUUCAAUUGUAAUAAAGAAGAGUUGCCUUUCUUUUCAGACAGUUUCAAAGCUACCGCUGUACCUCAAAAUCCUGAUUCAAAAGACAAAAAACAAAAGGCAUCAUUGUCUAAUGUAAACGACUUACUUGACCAGCACAAGAAAAUGAAAUAUGAUAGCCAUGAGCAAAGUAGUGUGAGGUUUCUUAAAAGCAUUUUAAAGAAAGAUUCUAAAUACAAGCAUAACUAUCUGCAGACACUGAUCACAAAUCAAGGCUUUAAGUUUAGAAACCAAAAAGCAGCAGCUAUCAGGGAUAGUAUUGAACUAACAAAGGUAAAGGAAAAAGGCGCAGAGAUUCCAAAGAUGAGUAAAAAACUAAGGUGGUUUGAUGAAAGUGGGCAUCAAGCGGAGAGUGCUGAGGACUGCGGCUUCCUGAGGGACCGAGCCGGAACUACUCCACAGUGUCCAGGGCAGAGUGAGGCCAGCAGCCACGCAGCCAGCGCCCCCGCCCAUGCUGUAAGUUCUGUGGAUGGAACAGAUCCCAAGCUUGAUUCUGUCUCUGGAGAUGUUGCUAAUUUAGAAGGAUCUGGAAUAGACCACGUGCCUUUGAACUGCUCUACGCCUUCAGGUUAUAACUUCAUUAAACAAGCCUGGGCGGCAUCUAAAAAAGAAGAAAGCAAAGCCCCUGCACAGAGUGGAGAUUCUAAAACCCAGAAGGGUAAUCCUCCCCCAGGCGGAGCGAAGGCCACUGGGAGAGCGGGAUCCGCAAGAGCCCAGUCCACCUUUGUGUAUGUGAACAGGAAAGGCACUGUCGUCCAGACGCAGUCCGCAAGCAGAGGCAACUCCUUUGUACAGACUCAGGGCAGACUAAUCAUACCUCACCCUCCUCCCAAAGCAACAGCAAAGAUCCAAAGUGGUGAAAAUACACACAUGUGCCAGUGUCAAUCCGCAAUGCCUGCAGGUUCCCCAAACGCGAUUACACAGAACUGCUGUAAUUCAAAACACGUCCUUCCAGCAGAACACAGCCUGAAUCCAUGGAGCCAGGAAAGUGAUCCGCCCCAGCCAGAUGCUCACUCAGACCUGGUCACUGUGAUGCCCUCUCCCCCGUCCUACUAUUCUUCCCAGUGCCACACCUUCACGAAAGCAAGUCACCCAAACAGCCCGCACGUGGUCACCCCGCAGGGUGACACUCACUGCCCCCAAACGAGUCCUGCUUAUGAGGGACGUUAUCAGUCAAUGUAUCUUAGAAACACUAAAGAACAGCUGAUUCCCUCGUGGAAAAAAGAGAAUACUAAUCUGUGCCAAAGUGAGAGAGCCACUGGUUCUACUGUUACAAGAAGAAAACGAAUUAUUGAUAAUAAACGGAGAACUCUUUUAGAGCAAGAGACAAAAUUCCGUGGGCGUGCAGGACAGAAGUACAGUGAGCAAAUGAUUAAUUUUGGACAAAAUGUUCAACUAACUUUAAGUGAGCCACAACAUACUAAAAGUGGUUCUCCUAACAUGGAAGAAGUUUCAGAUAGUACCCUCGCGUUUUUGAUGGCUGAAAAGCUAGUGAAAACUUCAUUGCCUGAGGAUGAAAUUCUUACUGUCUUGAAUAGCAAGCAGCUACAGACACCAAGCCUGGCUUUAACUAAAACCCAGCAGUCCAAUAUCUCUGCACUGUCAGCUGAAGAAGAGAAGAUCCUGCACUCCCUUGAGCACCUCGACGAAAGGCUGCACUAUGUACAAGAAAUAAUUUACAGAAAUCCAUCUAUCAGAAAUACUUUACAAUUACUACCAGUUCUGAAUAGCCAGCCAAGGGCCAGUCCACUUCCUGAUGUUGGAUCCAGAACGCAAAGAAAAUGCUGAUGAAGUAUGAAAUAACUAUAUUGAACUGAAUCAUUCUUUUUGAGAAUUCCCUGUAAAUAUAUAUUUCUGCAUUCGUCAAUGAUUUAAAACACUAUAAAAAUAAGACAGAACAUAGGUAAUGGAGAUAAAUUGGCUAGUUUACACUUAUACCACAAAUUAUACUUUAUUACGUAUUUUAUUGAUACAUUUUUAAAUGAAUGGAAAUAUAUUGUUUUCAGCAAGCAUGCUGCUAUAUAAAUUAUAUUUAAAAAUAAGAGGCUAUUUUGUUAUUCAAAUUAUGUAUU